GUGUGAAUCGUCACUUCCACAUGAUCUGCAUCAGGGACAAGUUCAGUCAGAACAUAGGGAGGCAGAUCUCCUCCAAAGUCAUCUGGGACCAUUUAAGUACUAUGUACGAUAUGCAAGCAUUGAGAAGAACUUCAUCCUUCCUGAAGAAAUUAUUCAAGAGGUCAAAGAAGGAAAAGUGAUGAUUGAAGAUGAAGUGAAGGAAGAAAUAAAAGAAGAAAUGGAUUCACACACUGGUACUGAAGAUGUUUUUACAUCUUCAGGAAAUUUGGGUAAAGGAGCUGAAAA